AAUUGAGACAUUGAUUAUGCUUCCCAACGCCGGAUUUGGUUGAUUUACACCAAAUGGUUUGACAUCGUGAUCUCUACUGAGACCAUCGUUUCUGCUAAUAUCCCAAAUGCUCUGUCCUGUCUGUACCCGAGGAAAUUAUGAUCAUUGUAAGGACGCGAUGGUGAUAUUCUGAGGCGCUUGCUUGCAUUGGUGUGUCCAACGCUACAAACAAGCGCCGCUUGAGUGGAUGCAAACACAUGGCCUUCAGACAAGUAUGCUUGGGAGGCCCACCUGGCAUCAUAGGAUGUAUGCUGAUCACCAGCUGUAUCCUAUUCGUAUGUCGGUCUGCUACCAUCCUCCAGACGGUGGAGACAUUCACAGACACUCUGCCGAGCUAUUCGUCUGAGGUCACGGACCCACAGUACGUAGUGGCCCUGGAUGUGGGCCGAGGGGGGAGCGAGAGACCGGCGCCCGGAUGGGCCCGAGUGCUGGCGAUGAAGGACAAGCAUGGCCGCAAGUUCAGCUGCCGCAUCCCCGAGGUCGACUCCACUGAUGGGGAUGACACGGGCAACGCAGACAGCUUGGCGAUUGCGGGAGGGGCGGCUGUGCAGAAGAGUCCUUCGGAGUUGCUGUCGGCGCUGGACACGCUGUGCCUGUACCGCAUAGACGAUUGGUGGACGUACGAGCUGUGCUACAAAAGACACGUGCGUCAGUUCCACAAAGAAAUUGACAAGGUGGUGGCAGAGUACACCUUGGGGGAGUACAGUGAGGAGGAUUCAGACAUGGAUGAGGUGCAUGAGGAUAGCUCAGUCGCCGGCGUGAGCUCAAAGUACAUCAAACAGGUGUACAAGGGCGGGGAGCCGUGCGACAUCACGGGGGAGCCGCGCGAGACGGAGGUGCGCUUCGUGUGCAGCGAGGCCAGCAAGGAAGGCAUCACCGGCAUGCGCGAGACGGCCACCUGCCAGUACCGGCUCACCUUCUCCACCCCUAAACUCUGCACCCACCCGGCCUUCCGCGCCCCUCAGGCCCCCGUGCACCACGUGCUCUGCACGCUGGCCGCUGACUCAGC